CCAGCAGUCCAACACAGACCAAACUUAACGCGAUGCAGCUUCUUUGUUACUACCAACUUUACUUUCGCCUAGUCCCUCCAUCAAUAAAUAUUAAAUCCGAUUCUCAUUCUUUUCAUAUUAUUUCAUCGACUUUAUCUCCAUUAGCCAGCUAUUCUUCCAAGUAAAUUAAGCCCUUUAGUUUUAUCCUCAAAAUUAAUAAUGGGUGUGAUUACAUGCACAUUGGCCGACUUCACCAGCCCGGUUGCCCCGGCACGGUUAUUCCAAGCUCUGUCCAUUGACAGCCAUAACUUCUUGCCAAAGGUUGUGCCUCACUUUGUCAAAUCUGUCGAGUUUGUUGAAGGUGACUCUACUACUGUUGGAUGUGUCAAACUUAUCAGCUUCCCCGAUGAGGCUCCAUACAGAUAUGUAAAAACAAGAGUGGAUGAGAUUGAUUCUAGUAACUUCUACAGUAAGUAUACUAGCAUUGAAGGAGAUAUAUUUCCUGAUACGUUGGAGUGUGCUGUAUAUGAGAAUAUAUAUGAGGCUUCUGGUGCUGGAACUCACUACAAGAUGGUCGCCCACUAUCACAUGAAGGGAGAUAAUUUGAUGAAUGAAGAGGAGAUUCAAAGUGCAAAAGGAGGAGUCCAAAAGAUGUUUAAGGCUGUGGAAGAGCAUCUCGUGUCCAACCCUCAAGUAUAUGCUUGAAGUGCUUAUCCAAUCACAUUAUUGGUUAUGAUUUCGAUAUCAAUUUCUUCAUGUGAAGGAAAUAUAAAUUGCAAUAAAAAUGAGAUUUUGUAGGGGUGUGGUGGUUUUUUUUUUUUUGUUUUAAUUUGGUGUGAGAUUAAUUAUGUAUUUUUGUAAGAAAGUGCUGGGUAAGAAGCCAAAUAUUGAGUGAUUUUAAAUUUCAUGUAGUAUUGACGUACAAUUCCUAGGUGACUAAAUUAGAUAUAAGCUGAAAACGUUGUGUAUUAUUUUCUUUUAGACUUCGUUUGGUAGGGCAUAAAACUUUAUUUGGAAAAACUUUUUUUCUCUAUUUUAAAUUUUUUAUUGUUUGA